AACGGAAGCGGCAAUGUUUACCUCUGUCAUGCUUUGGUAGUCUAGUAGAUCUAAACUUAUUUAUAAAGCUAGAUCUAGAUCUAAGUCUAGAUCUAGAUCUACAUCUCCUAGAUUAGCAAUACAUCUAAUCUAGUCACUAUCCCUAGAUUUUAUCUCGAUCUAAGAGAGUAUGCUUUGAAUGUUAGGGAUUAUUUUUAUUUGAUCUUCGUCAUGAGUCUUUUGAAAACCAGUCUAGAUGCAGUAGAAAAAUUUUCUGCUUUUUAUACCGGUAGUCAACUUCAGUUAAGUAGUGAUGGUAGCAAGUUGUUCUGUGGCUGCAAGAAAGAAAUAAAAAUUGUCGAUGUGAAGACAGGACGAAUAGUGUCAUCUAUUGGUCAGGAUGAGGAGGAAGAAAUAACCCAGUUUAUUUUGACCAAAGAUGAUGUUCAUUUAAUACUAGCUACACAGAAUCUUUUAUUUAGACAGUGGAACUGGCAAGAUAAAAGUCUGGUUAAAACCUGGCGUUCAGUACACAAUGCACCAGUAACAUCUCUAGCAUUAGAUCCGUCUGUUACUCUACUGGCAUCAGGAAGUGCUGACUUCACUAUUAAAGUUUGGGACAUUGUGAGAGGCUACUUUACACACAAUUUCAAAGGUCACAGCGGGGUCAUUAGGUACCUGACAUUCCACCCUGACUCUGAAAGGCUACAACUGAUUUCUGCCUCUGAAGAUUACACUGUAAGGGUUUGGGAUCUGAAAACAAGCUCAUUGCUUGUCAGCAGCCAGUGUCAUGCUAGUCUUGUAACAUCCAUGGCUUUUGCAGACAAUGGAAACAUUCUUUACAGUGCAGGGAAAGAUAAUGUGGUAUGUGUGUGGAAAACAGACAAGUGGAAAGUUUAUAAAACAAUUCCAGUAUUUGAACCUGUUAUAUCUGUAAUUGUUCCACUUGAUUUCCCAAGUCUGAUUGAUGAUGAUAAUGUUCAGCGAUUUAUUACUGUCAGCUCAACAGGUGAUGUACGAGUAAUUAAUGCUGAAACUGGAAAACGUGAAUACUCAAACAGUUGUCGGCUUAGUGACCCAGAUGUGGAUAGUAAAACUACAGAUUCUUACAUAGUGCAAGCUUUGUACUCAACAGACCUGAAUGGGAUUAUAUUGGCUACUUAUGACGAAAACAUUAUUUUACUUAGCAAGGAUUUCACCAUAGAUAAACAACUGUGUGGUCAUUUGGAUGAAAUCUUGUCACUUCAUUUCCUGGGAGAAAAAGAUAGCCAUGUUGCUGUUGCCACCAACACAGAUCUGCUGAAAGUGUUCAACAGAGAGACCUGGGAGUGUCAGAUGUUGCAGGGUCACUCUGAUAUCAUCACCAGUCUUGAUGUGAAAGAUAACUUCAUUGUUUCUGGCUCAAAGGACUCCUCUAUUCGUGUUUGGCAGUUAUCACCAGAUGUAGGUUUUAUCACAUUGUUAGCUAUGGGUCAGGGUCAUACACAAUCUGUUCAGUGUGUCUGUUUAGCUCGUGCUACUGCCCGCCCUAAGUUCAUCCUGUCUGGUGGUGUUGAUAUGACUCUGAAGGUCUGGACAUUCCCUGCAGAAUCAGAAGUCAUUACUCCUCAAGUAAAGCUCCGUGUAUCCUGCACUGAACAUGCUCAUGACAAAGACAUCAACUGCUUAGCCGUGGCUCCUAAUGACAGAAUUAUUGCAACAGGUUCUCAGGACAAAACAGCAAAGCUGUGGAGUGUUGGUGAUAAUCUACAGUCUUUAUCAUUGCUUGCUGUUCUAAGAGGACAUAAACGAGGGAUCUGGUGUGUGAAGUUUUCACCUGUUGAUCAGAUUGUGUGUACAAGCUCUGGGGAUGGUUAUAUUAAAAUGUGGAAUGUAUUGGAUUACUCAUGUGUGAGGACCCUUGAAGGACAUGACAGUUCUGUUUUAUCUUUUGUGUUCUUAUCACAAGGAAGACAAAUUUUGUCAUGUGGUUCUGAUGGACUAUUGAAAUUGUGGCUGAUUAAAACAAGUGAAUGCAUCAAAACAUUUGAGGGGCAUGAUGCUAAAGUCUGGGCAUUGUCAGCCACAUCAGAAGAAGAUUAUAUUAUGUCUGGAGGUGCAGACUCAACUCUUAUACUUUGGAAGGAUGUUACUGAGCAAGAGGAAUUAGAUAAACAAGAAAAAUUACAUAAACAAAUAAUGCAAGAACAAGUCCUGUCCAACUUGAUAGCAGACAAAAAAUUUGUACGAGCCAUGGGUUUGGCCAUAUCUCUCAAUAAGCCAUACAAGGCACUAAACAUUAUGAAAGAGGUUAUAAAGCAAGAAAAUGGAAUCCAACAGUUAGAGAAACUUGUAUGCAAAUUAAGGAUGGAUCAGAUAGAGUCUGUGCUGAAGUUUGCUAUUGAGUGGAACACCAAUAGUCGGAAUUACUUCCCUGCCCAACAGCUGCUGAACAUCAUACUCAGGAAUUACCUGCCUCAGGAUUUGGCAAAGUUGUCUAGUAUUCAGUCAAUAGUGGAAGGUUUCUCUGUCUACACAGAUCGCCAUCUUCAAAGACUAAAUAACUUAUUGAUAGAUUCACACUUUGCUGAGUACUGUUAUAGUUGUAUGAAAACAUCCAGCUGAAGAAGGGUUACAGAGUUCAAUCAUUUUUUUAAAUCUGUUUGUGACAAAAAAUAAACUUGUGUUAAUAAAAAGAAACAGUAAAAACAAAA